AUGUCAUAAUAAGAAAGUGGAGAAACGUAAUCUCAAAAAAUAACAAAUACGCGUUUAAUGAGAGAACGCAAAGAAAUAGACACCGUUUUAUAAGAGUAUGAUGUACAAUGGAAAGAAUCUUAAAAAGGAGUAGAAGUCUAGUUUAGCUUCUAAAUAAAUUCUGAAAACAAGAAAGAUAGCGUCGCUCAUGCAGAAAUAAAAUUAGAAUAAAGUUACCCAUUUUCAUAGCCUCUAAUAAAGUUCAAUCUUACUCCUGGAUAACUUGCUCUUUUUAACCAUGACAGCUAUAAAGAAAUUGAUUAUUAUACUAACAAAACUUAUACACCUAAGAUGACAGUCGCUGAUAUCAUUAAAUUGAUUGCUGAAUAUGGAAAGAAAAAUAUAUAAAUAGGAGAUAAGAGUAAAAAAGAAACAAUUUUUAGUUUGGUCCAUACUCUCUAUUCAAUUUUAGGAUCAACUUCUACAAUUAUUUUUAUAAUUCUAUUUGCAUCUUUCAUUAGAAUUUUAGCAGGAAUUGGACCAUACUCAGGAUACAAAGAUGCUCCCACAUAUGGUGACUAUGAAGCUUAGAGACACUGGAUGGAAUUAACUCUUCAUACUCCUCCAAGCUAAUGGUAUGUUGAAACAUUAAACAAUGAUUUGACUUAUUGGAGAAUAGAUUAUCCUCCUCUCAGUGCAUAUGUCAGCUACAUUUUUGGAUAUAUCAGUCAUUAAUUUGACCCAAAAUCUGUAGAAUUAUAUCACAGUAGAGGUUAUGAAGAACCCAACCAUAAAAUCUACAUGAGAAUGACAGUCUUGAUUAGUGACAUAUUAUUUUUCUUCACAAGUUUAUACUAUGUUACUAAAAUUGAAUUCAAUAAGUAUAGCUUUACUCUUCGCUCUCUUUUUUACCUUCUAGCCUUGCUUUGCCCUCCAUUCAUUCUUAUUGAUCAUGCUCACUUCCAAUAUAAUAGCUUCAUGCAUGGGCUUGUAUUGUGGUCUGUUUAUUUCUGCUCCUAAGGAAGUGUAGUGAUCGGAGGAAUAUUAUUUACCCUUGCUCUUAAUUUCAAACAGAUGGGUUUGUAUUAUUCCUUAGGUUUCUUUUUUUAUAUUCUCGGAUAUCUAGCUGUAGAUUCUGGUUUUAGAAGCAUUAAAACAAACAAAUACAAUUUUGGAGCUUCUUUAUUUUUUAUCUUACGAAUUGCUUUAGUAGGAUUUGGAGUUAUUGCUACUUUUGUAUUAAUGAUACUUCCAUGGAUAACUGAUAAGUACUUGCUCACUUCUCUGGUCUCUGCUAUAUUCCCUGUUCAUAGAGGGCUCUAUUAAUUAAAAGUAGCAAACUUUUGGUGUUUUUCUAAUAUUUUUAUUAAAUGGACUCAGAUAUUUGAUCAAAAAGUGAUAAUUCUAAUGUCAAUAGCCUUCACAUUGGUUGCUUGUCUCCCUAGCAUUUAUGUUGUAUUUUUGAGACCAAAAUAUAAAUAUUUAAAAUUAGCUCUUUUCAAUAUUUCUAUGAGUUUCUUUUUCUUCUCAUAUCAUGUACAUGAAAAGACUAUUUUGAUUCCAUUAGUCUUAUAUGUUUUGUGCAUCAGAUAUAUGAAUAUCUAUUAUUUAGAUUUUGUAACAAUUAGCUGCUUAACUCUUUAUCCCUUGCUAAGAGAAGAUAAAUAAACUCUCUGCUGGUUUGUUUUAACAAUAGUUCACCACUUUUUUGUUAGAAAAACUUUGAAGUACUUAGAAAUAUAAGGAGUUAUAAAAAAGAACUUAACUGAUUAGUGCACACUUAUAUCAGACAGCAAAGUUACUGAUUAAACAACAUAGAAAAAAAUCUUGGAAUAAGAAAAGGAUAUUCCUUUAAUAGUUAAAUUGAUAUCUUUGACUGAUUUAUUUUACAAAUCUAUUUUCCGUAAAGCAAUCUAUAUUUUAUCUAUCAUAGCAAUUAUAGCUGAAAAAUAUGUUAAGCCUCCUACCAAUUACCCAUAUCUUUUUUCUCUGAUCUAUGCUGUAUUAGGGUUUGGUCUAUUUGCUUAUGUCUUCAUUUAAACUAAUUUGUUAAUGCUACACUCUUACUAGCGUAGUUAAAAAAAGAAAUAAAAAUUAGAUUGA